AUGUUUUUCACUUUUUUAAAUUUUAGGAGUUUUUAUUUUUCUCUGUAGAUUAACCUCAUGGAUGAUUUCGAAUUCUUCACACCGGUAGACAGCAGGUUAGAUAGAGACUUUAAAAGUACGACGACACUUGAAAGUCGCACUGACGUGUCUAGCGUAUCAUUUAACGGCAUAUUCCCCUGUAUAUCCCAGGAAUCUGAUCAAGAUCAGCUAAUUGGAUCAUACAAAAUCGAUAAAGAUGUCAUUGUGCCCAAUGGGUUCAGCAGCAUAUUAUUCCUGCCGUUACUCGACGCUCUUUAUAGACCUAAUUCGCUAAAAAAAGAGCUGGUGGUAGAUAUCGAUUUGGGGAAGCUUUCAACGGCUUUGCCAUCUGCAUGUCAUACCGUUGAUAACCCGUUCUCAGUGGUUGGAAAUUACCUUAAGGGGCUAUGUCUCCUACUGGUGACCAAAGUAAGGUACUUGUCUUCAGAUUUCGGUGUGUUCUCGAAGAGGUUCGAAAUGCCUGAUUUGUCGGCAGAACCAAAACCAAAAGCCAUCAAUUACUACGAAAGUGAUACUGAAUAUGAGCCAAGAACAAAACCAAAACACAGGAGAAAACGUAAAAUUAAGGAUACUGAUAGUGUUUCAACAAUUCAGGACCUUAAUGAAAGAUAUCAGAGUGAGUUGGUGCCAAUUGAAAGGCUUGAAAUGUUGAGAGUAAUGAACCUAGGAUUGUCAGGAAAUGAGUUCUUUUUUCAACACAAUGAACUCAGCCCAGUUCUUAAAGAUUACAUCAACGAAUUAAACCUAUCAAGUAAACUAAAUGACAGGGAUUGGCUGAGUUUCGAUGAUUUGAGGAUGCUUUCAUCACCAUUUAAACUUAACGCAUAUUCAUUUACUCCUCAGUAUGAUGAUGCGACUGUGGCUGCUAGUAGUGAGGUAUCAUUUGACACCAGUUAUGACAUUGACUGGAGCCUUAAAAAUGAUCCACUCAACUACAGUAGCAAGCACUAUGAGUAUGACUUUAUGGGAGGUUUGGAGGAUAAUUUGAACAAGGCGUUAUCGAUUACCGAUGAUAACUCAAAACGCCGCAAAAACAAUACCAUGAAGUUGUUUGAUGUGAGCCUUGUUAGAGCCGAGCCGAGAUAUGACAGGAAACCGGCAAAAUACAAGUAUAAAAGGAAUAAUACAAAAAGAAGAUUAAGCAGUGUUCUCACGACUGAUCUAUCCAAGCUCGUUGACACAGAUAAACAGGAUAAAGUCAGUCAGAUGGAGAAGACCGUCAGAGUAAAUGAGUCAGAGAGAGUUAAUCCUAGACAAAAGACUUUGGAUCAAAUGUUUGACAAAUAUUUUAGUACAGUAGUAGGGACUAACAUGGGAACCUCAGCCCACAAGAACGUUAAUGUAACAACUGAAAUGAAUCCUAAAACCACUUCAAACCUCAAUGGUGAUAACACAUCAAAAGGUAAACCAUCUGAUAACGUUGGAUUGGAUGGCAAAAAGACUACCGAAGGUGAAGUUGGAUCAACUUCGUAUGUAACACUGCAAGAAACUAAUGAUGGCUUUGGCACUUUGGAUAUCCUUAACUGGCUGAGGGAAACAUUCAGGAAAGUUGAUUUUGAGUCAAUUACCUUUGAUAAGCUAACUAAUGGAUUGGAUGCUAGGAAAGCAUCACUUGUAUUCUUGAGGGUUUUAAUCUUGGCAAAUUCAAAUUUUAUCUCAGUUUCACAAGCCAAACAAAUCACGAUUUCUCCCUCGGAACGAUUUUGGGAACCAGUAAAUUCUAGACUUAGUCUUCCAGUUGGAAAUUAG